AUGGCGAUAAUAGCAUGUCAUGGAAAAACAGAUCUUCUGAUAACCUUUACGUGCAAUCCCGGGUGGCCUAAAAUUGUCGACAACCUCGAAAGGCAUCAGAGAUGGGAACAUCGUCCGGAUUUGGCGUGUCGAGUUUUCGAAGGAAAACUGAAAUUGUUCCUUCAAGAUUUCACAGACCGACAACUUUACGGACGCGUACUAAACUACCACCUCGUCGUUGAAUUUCAAAAAAGGGGACUUUCACACUCCCAUAUCUUCUUUACGUUCGUUCAAGACGAUAAGAUACACCACGAACGCGAUGUCGACGCUUUAAUAUCGGCAUGCAUUCCCCACGAGACCCAGCAACCCCUACUUUAUAGCAGAGUUGGGUCUCAUCAACUUCAUUAUAAGUGUGCUUCCGAGGGGGAUAAUGCACCUUGUAUGCGAGACGGUAUAUGUCGCUUUGGCUAUCCGCAUUCGUUUUGUAGCGAUACAGAAUUUAAUGCGGGUAACAAUCAACGGCCCAAAUAUCGUCGAUCAAACAAUGGCCGUAUUAUCUUACUUGCGAACGGGACUUUGCCGAUAGACAACCGUCGCGUCGUCCCCUACAACUCUUACGCGCUCGCUAAAUAUAACUGCCAUAUUAAUUUCGAAGUUGUAGGGGCAGCGGCCACCAUCAAAUACUUGCAUAAGUAUUUGAUGAAAGGAUGGGAUCGUGUAUCUAUCGACGUUAACGACGAAAAUAGUCGCGUUGACGAAAUCCAUCGUUAUGUUGAGUGUCGGUACGUUAGUUCGACAGAAGCGGCCUGGAAAUUGUUAGAAUUUGACAUUUUCAAAAGGUCGCACUCUGUCGUUCUUCUCCCCGUACAUUUACCGGGCUACAGAGAUAUUCUGCAUGACAACGAUCAGGACAAUUUAACUGUUGAAGAAUUAAAUGCUUUAUUAAAUAAAAAAUCAAAAUUAGAAGGUUUUUUCGAACUAAAUAGAAACGAUCCAGAUGCUAGGCGACAUACGCUAGAUGGACCCGUCGUGUAG